AUUCUUUCAUUUCGAUUUUCAGCUUUUCUUCUCCUAAACCCUAAACCCUAAUUAUGGCAAAUCAUGACUCUCUCUCUCGUUUUAUUGCCUAUUUGGCCCUGUUCAAUCAGAUUAUUUCUACCCCAUUUUCCUAGACAUUCAUUUCGAAACAUAAGAAUUCUUCAUAGUGUAAGUGAUGUUGAAGAAGAUAUUCAAACCCAAUUUCACUCACAAUCCCAACAAAAUGAACCUCAAAAUCGUCACCCUUUUAUGGUUCCCAAUGUUUCUCCACCAAAUCUCUGUAGCCAAGGCUCUUUAUCAAUUCCAAUAUUCCCACCUUGUUUCAAAUCUAUCGAUGACAUUUGGUGUGAGAUUGAACAUAAAGAUCAACAAAACCCACAUCCCCAACAUUCCAUUGAUGUUCAGCAAAGUCCUUGCCAAAGUAGACAUGCUUCUGGGGAAAUGACUUCUGAAGGUUUAUUGGUGAAAGAUGGAGUUGUUCAAGAAGCUUCUUCUUCUUCUUCUUCUUCUUCUUCUUCUUCUUCUUCUUCUUCUUCAAUGAAACAAGAGCUAUGUUAUGUGAAUAACAACAGAUCAAUGGUGGACGUGAAAUUUGGUGCAUUCGUAUUUUAGGAAUUGUUGGAGAAGUUGGUAAUGUAUUGUGUUAGAUGGUGAAGGUUAUUAGGAAUUGGAGCUAGUGGCUGCUCUCUAACUGCAUCAAUAAUUUUAUGUAUUUUGUUUUGUUAAA